CCCGACCGAAGCUGCUACCUUGACGUGGUGGUCGGGCUUGCCUAUCGUGAUGACCCAACCGAGCUAUACUGGCUGGAACAUAUGUUCCUGCAGGUCCUACCAUGCCAGGCUGGUCGAUUGGAGAACGAUGUGACUAAAAGCAGCUACCCAAGGUCUGAGGGCGAAGUCGUACUGCUGACUGCAGAGGGGUGUGACAGCAGUAAGGUAUUUCCCUCGGACAACCAGCAUCUGCAGCGAUGCUGCCUUCUCACAAGGAAGGAAGGGUUAGAAAAGGUCGGCCCUAAAAAUGUCACACCUCCCCUAACUCACGGAUUUCCGUCUCCCUGGGUAAGGGUGCCCACUGGGCCUUUAAGAACGGAGCUAAUCCUCUAAAUACCUCUCAUAAAAAGGCCGUGCGUGACCGGCCUGAAGCAGUUGUCCCUUGGACUCUGCGGUCACGCACCAACACUAAUCCAUCUUCCUUUUCAGGUCCCUCAAGAAACAACCUUCCACGGUGUGGGCAGCCGGGAAGUGACAACCGCCCUCAUACCCGUACCAGCAUGCGAGGCCAAAUUGUUCAAAAUCAAAUCCUUCCUACACCCCCUAAUGUCUCUCUUAUCUCUACGACUAACUGUACUCACACUCCCUUUUCUCACUGCACCGCUAAUGCAGACGAAGCGAGAUCACGAAACGUCGUUCCUGGUCUCUUGAAACCCCGUUCUAGACUACAUAUUGGAGCUUUUAAUGUACGGACAUUGUGUCAAAUAGGGCAACAGGCAUCAUUAGCUAGGACUUUAGAAUCUCGUGCCAUCGAUGUAUGCUGCGUCUCGGAAACGCGCAUACAGGAUCCUAGUAAAAUUAUUAACCUGAUUUCACCUUGUCAAAAUAAAGAAGCAGCUCGAUUUACUCUUCGUGUAUCCGGUAGCCCUGAUGCUGCUUCCAGGGGUCUUGCUGGCGUAGGCAUAGCGUUGAGUCCUAGGGCAGAAUUAUCUCUCCUUGACUGGAUCCCAGUAGAUAGUCGUUUGUGCGCUGUCCGACUAAACGGGACAGUAAGGACUCGUAAGGAUAGGGACACUCGCCGUUGCCUCUUCGUCAUAUCUGCCUAUGCCCCCACUGACUGCAGUGCAGACGAGGUUAAAGAUGAGUUUUACAGAAAGCUUUCGGACCUCCUCCAAAAAGUUAAGCGCUCUGAUAUAGUUAUAAUGGCUGGUGACUUUAAUGCUCAAGUAGGUAGACUAGGUGAAAAGGAAAGACAUCUUGGUGGAUGUUAUGGUGUAGCGACUGAGAGAACAGACAAUGGCGACCGUCUGUUGCAACUAUGCUCAGAUAACCGCCUAUUCUUAGCGAACACCAACUUUAGGCAUAAGGAAAAGCAUCUGUUGACCUGGCGACCUCCAAAGUCAUCUCAACGUUGGACUCAACUAGAUCACAUCGCCAUCAGCCACCGAUGGAGGGGUUCGAUAGAAGACUGUCGCUCGUUCUGGAGCACAUGUUUGGAUUCAGAUCAUGCUCUAGUGCGAGCUCGUAUCUGUUUAAGGCUUACUGGACGUAGGAAAGACACCGUAAGGAAGCCUCUUAGGGUUUUACUUAAUGAUAAUCAAACCAAGAAAAUAUUUCAGGAGCAACUAGAAAGAGAGUUAAGCAACCAUGCAAGCGAUUCCCAUCCAGAAACAGGUUGGUAUGAUAUCAAAAAAGCUGUGGAAACAGCAGUGAUAUCUGCUAGUAAGGUAAACCAUGAGGCUAGGAUGAAGCCGUGGAUUUCAGUCGCAUCCACCGAACUGAUGGAUGCUCGAAAACGCAUCCCACCUGACUCUGAGCAUGAUGAAGAGCGUAGUCAGCUUAGGCGCAGACUUAUAAAAAGUCUGCGUAACGACCGCGAACAGUGGUGGGUGGCAAAAGCAAAAGCGAUAGAAAAGGCAGCGGCGAUCGGCAACACUAGACAACUUUUCCGACUUAUCAAGGAAACUGGUAUUAAGAACCCGAAUGUGAGUGAGACUAUCUCGGAAAAGGAUGGUCUUAUUAUCCAUUCUCAAUCCAGGAGACUGGAUCGAUGGGCAGAACACUUUAGGGAUCAGUUCAACUGGCCACGAGCCACUCUUCGGUUACCCACGAUCUCCAGUCAUCCUGAAUGGCAAAUCGACGUAAGUCCCCCUAGUCUUAAUGACGUUGAGAAAGCGUUAGGAAAUCUGAAACGAGGACGAGCUGCAGGUCCUGAUAGACUGAUCCCUGAGAUAUUUAAGGAUGGUGGUCCAGUUUUAGCAGCUAGGUUGACUGAGAUCUUAGGUAGAAUCUGGGAACUGGACGUAAUCCCAUCCGACUGGUCUCAAUCCUUGAUUGUCCCAAUCUAUAAGAAAGGACAAAAGUCUUCUUGUGACAAUCACAGGGGAAUAAGUCUAACUAAUAUAGUAUCUAAAAUACUGGCCUCAAUAAUACUUCGACGCUUAACGAAAGCUCGUGAAGAGCAGACUCGAGAAAACCAGGCUGGUUUUCGACCUGGACGUGGUUGUAUAGACCACAUUUUCACGCUCAGACAGGUCCUGGAACAUAGACACACAUUUAGGCGUCCUACAGUAGUUGUUUUCCUAGACAUUAAGGCGGCAUUUGACUCUGUGGAUCGUGAGGUUCUGUGGGAGUGUCUGUCAUUGAAAGGUGUACCACAGAAGUACAUUAAACUCAUACAAGCUCUUUACUCGAACACCACUGGUCGAGUGAGAGCUUAUGGCGAACUGUCACCGGAAUUCUCUACAUCAAGUGGUGUCCGUCAGGGAUGUCCACUUUCUCCAUUCUUGUUUAAUUUUAUCAUAGACAUGCUCCUAGACAUAACAUUAUCCUCGUCUGAAUUUUCAGGAGUAGACCUUCUACCAGGUGGCUCGCUUAUUGACUUAGAAUAUGCCGAUGACAUUGUCCUACUUGGUGAAGACGCUGACAAAAUGCAGAGUCUUCUGACUACCCUAAGCAACAAUGCAAGCAUGUUCGGGAUGCGGUUUUCCCCCUCGAAAUGCAAAAUGUUGAUUCAAGACUGGGUUGCAUCGGCACCUGAACUAGUGAUAGGGAGUGAAGUAGUCGAACGUGUAGACCGCUUCACUUAUCUGGGGAGUCUCAUCAGUGCCGAUGGCCUGGUGACUGACGAAAUCUCAGCACGGAUACAGAAGGCUCGAUUGGCUUUUGCCAACCUGCGUCACUUAUGGCGUAGGCGAGAUAUCCGUUUGCUGACUAAAGGACGAGUGUACUGCGCAGUAGUUCGCUCCGUCUUACUUUAUGGCUGUGAAACAUGGCCAGUGAGAGUAGAAGAUAUUCGUAGGUUAAUGGUUUUCGAUCAUAGGUGUCUUCGAAGCAUUGCUCGUAUAUCGUGGGACACCCGAGUGAGCAACGCUGUUAUUAGGAAUCGGGUGCUAGGUAAGAAUGGCAGAUCAAUCGAUGAAGUAUUGAAACUUCACCAGUUGAGGUGGUUGGGACAUGUGUUGCGUAUGCCCAACCACCGGCUGCCUCGUCGAGCCUUGUUUUGUAGUGUAGGAAUAGGUUGGAAGAAAGUUAGGGGCGGCCAAACGAAAACAUGGCAGAAAUCCAUGAAGUCAUUGACUAGUGGACUGAGCCAUGUUGGUAAUUGUCGACUACCUGGUUGGGGUCCGCGAGAUGAUAAUAAUCGAUGGUUAGAGACCUUGAAUGACAUGGCUCAAAAUCGUUCGCAAUGGCGCCGGUGCAUUUAUUCUCUGUGUUCUCUCAAAUCCUAAUCUUCUGGACUCAUCAACCCCUCUAGUUUCGACUCUCUAAACUUAUCUCACUGAAUCAUACUUCUUGAAUAGUAUCUUCUAAUCCUAACCUCUCCGAUUAUUUCUAAUUCCCUUACUACCUCUUCUACUAUUGGAUUUGAAUUGACGAUUACUUCUCUGUGCUGAUGUGGUAUGGCAACAUGAACUGAUGUACUUAUGUACAAAGUUCUACGUUGCAUCUGACUGACUGACUGA